AUAAAUAUAUAAUGGCGCAAGCUACGUUUAGCGGAGACGGUGAAAAGAUGGAAACAUUUAGGUUGGUGAGUGGGCAUCUCAUCCCUGCCGUCGGACUCGGCACUUGGAAAUCUCAAUCUCCUCGACUUUCUGUUCAAACUGCUCUUCUUCAGGCUGGUUGCAGGCAUGUUGAAACCGCAGCCCAAUAUGGAGUUCAAAUAGAGGUGGGUGAAGGAGUUAAGGCAGCCAUACAUGCUGGAGUAGAGAGAAAGCAUUUGUUUAUCACAUCCAAGAUAUGGUGUACUGAUUUAGUAGCCGAAAGAGUGGGGCCCGCAUUUUUGCGAACACUUGAAGAAUUGCAGCUUGAAUACCUUGAUCUCUAUCUUAUUCAUUGGCCGUUUAGGUUGAGAGAGGGGGCGAGCAAACCGCCCCGAGGGGACGAUGUAUUGGAGUUGGACAUGGAAGGAGUUUGGCGGGAAAUGGAGAAAUUGGUGGUGGAGGGUUUUGUGAGGGAUAUUGGAGUUUGCAAUUUCACCCUUAAGAAAUUGGAUAAGCUAUUGAGUUUUGCUAAGAUCAAGCCUUCAGUUUGUGAGAUGGAGAUGCAUCCGGGUUGGCGCAACGACAAGAUGCUGGAGGCUUGUAAGAAAAACGGCAUCCAUGUCACGACCUACUCGCCUAUGGAGGCUGAGCACGAUCCGGUGGUGGAUAGACUAGCGAAGAAGCUAAACAAGAGUCCGGGACAGGUGCUUGCUAAAUGGGCUAUUCAAAGAGGGACUAGCACUAUUAUUCCAAAAUCCGAUACAAUUCAUGAGAAUCUCCAUGUGUUUCAAUGGGAGAUACCAUCCGAAGACUUCCAUGCCCUUUCUACUAUUCAUCACCAGAAACGAGUGUUGGAUGGUGAAGACCUCUUCGUCAACAAGACCGAAGGGCCCCUUAGGAGCAUUGCCGAUGUAUGGGACCACGAGGAUUGAAUAUGUAAUGCAUGCCUACAAUAAAAUGUACUCCUCCUUUCUUGAAUAAAUGAUGCCCUUUGCUAUUUUGGAUUA